AUGGACAUAUUUAUUACGACUUGUCUCAUCUUGAUGUCAUGUGCACUGAAAGCUAGUCCGCUACCAUUGAAGAGUGUUUUAAGUGAUUCGUCUGAGGAUGUGAACGAUAUUCACCGUAUAAGUUCAUUUUAUCAUCGUUUAACGAAAGUCAAUCAAAUUGGCGGAAGCUCAAAGCCAUCGGAAUCUAUGGAAUUGUCGGCAAGUAAUUACUACGAGCCAAGCAACGAAUACACGACACAACCGUCACCGGAAGAUUUUGAAUUUGAGAAAAUUAACCCAAGUGAUAUUAAAAAUAGUAAUCAAAACGAGACAGCAGAUGGAUUAGCAAUGAUUGAGAAUUUAUCCAAAAAUAAUUCCAACAUAACUACUCAACAACAAAUGUCGACGAUGCAAAUGCCACCCGACUUGGAGGCGUCAGAUAAUCAGAAGUUCUCAAAAUUAUUGUUCUCGUCACCAUCUGCGACCGUAACUUCAAACGGCCCCUCAGGACCGUUUAAGGCCAUAAUUUGCCAUGAUUGCGAGAACUCAGAAGGUAGAAAUGUAGGACAUUCAGUAUCAUUUAGCGCUAUUAAAAGUUGGAAUGUGGGAAGUUCAAAAACUGAGAUUAAGAGUCAAUUAGAACAAAAUCCAAAUCACACAGUCACACAACAACAAACAUAUCCGGUGGAGAACGGAGUUAAUGUUAAACUAGAAGAAAAAUAUUUUACAGAUCAGCAUGAUGAGAAUCAGCAAAUCGAAAUGAACGAUAAAGUUGAGCUUUUCAAGGUCGAGAAUGUUCCAAGCGUGACCGAGAAGACAAAUGAAGGAAGAAAUACUUGGAAAUAUUCUCAUCUUCCAAUUAACAAUGAGAAUAUUAAACAUGGUAAUCAGAUUAGUCCGAAGAGACCAAUCUUUACUGAUCUUCUUAAAGUUCCGUACGAUGUACUUAAUGCACCGUUAAGUGAAACGCCCCCACCAGAACCGGUAAAGGGAACAGAAAUUCACAUAAAUCAUCAGCAAAAGUUCAAUGAUACUAUCACAUCAAACUAUCAACAUUUCCAGCAAUUUAUUCAUAAGAACUUGAACUCGGAACCUAACACGAAUCAUCAACAUUAUCAAUCGACUCCAAUGCCCGAACAGAACUACGAGGUGGAUGAGUCAGUGAGUAUAAUGACGAAUGGUCGUGCUCAUGGAGUUCAAUCAACCACCGCUCGAAUUAAUUCUCAUCAGGAUGAGAAAAACGCUAAUCACCACCAAUCCAAUUCCCCACAAGAUCAAGAACAAGAUGCCAAAUUUGGAUAUGUUGUAGAGGGAAGAAAUUUUAGAAAAUAUCGUGUCGAAGAGAAAACAGCGGACGGUUUUAUAGUUGGAGAGUAUGGCUUAUUAAACAACAACGAUGGCAGUCCAAUCCAAGGGGUCCGUUAUACUGCUGACUCGAACAUUAACCCAAGGCUUAUUUACGAUGCAUUGCUCAAAUUUUUAUCAUUAUAAGGCCAACUCAUUACAGAAUUAUGUGAUACUUAGACAUACAUACUAACUACAUGAACUUUUAUGGAAAACUCUUUUGUAAUGAUUGUUUCAUUUUUUUUCUUUCCCCUCUUAAAUAAAUUAAAAUUAGAUGACGAUGAUGAUGACUUGUAAGCUCAAAAGAAUUUUUCCACGUAAUUUUUAUGCAUAAGAAUCUUUUUAAUAAAUGAUAGUUUUGAAUUGCGC